UGAGCUGUCAACUCUUCAAGAUAAAAUAGAGUCAAAAGUUCACCAAAAGCUCCACAAAAAAUGGCAGAAACUACAGACCAAAACCUGCCUCAUGCCUUAGUAAUUCCAUCUCCAUAUCAAGGCCAUAUAAACCCAGCCUUAAAACUUGCUUCAAAAGGCUUCAUCAUUACUUUUGUCAACACUCAAUUCAUUCAUUCUCAAAUAACAAAAGCCCAAGUAACAUCAUCAGGGCCUAACAAUGAUGAUAUUUUCUCUAAAGCACGUGAAUCUGGGCUUGACAUACGUUAUUUAACUAUUUCUGAUGGUUUUCCAUUAGAAUUUGAUAGAAAUAUGAAUUUUUUGCCAUUUUUGGAAGGUCUUAUAAAUGAUUUUUCAAGUCAUGUUGAUGAACUUAUUGGGAAAUUAGUGAAGGAUUGUGUCGAUCCAAUUAAUUGUUUGGUUGCUGAUACGUUUUUUGUUUGGCCAUCAAUUAUUGCAAAGAAAUAUGAGAUUGUGCAUGUUUCAUUCUUCACUGAACCAGCUUUGGUUUUUGCUUUGUAUUAUCACUUGGAUCUGCUCGCGGAAAAUGGCCACUUUGGCUCUGAAGAAAAUCGCAAAGACCCUGUUGAUUAUAUUCCUGGAGUUAAAUCUAUCGAAGCAAGUGGCUUGCCAUUCGUGUUCCAGAAUUCAGUAGUGCACCAAUUAAUCUACAAGGCAUUUCAAGAUGUUCGAAAAGCCGAUAUAAUAAUAGCCAACACAAUUCAAGAACUCGAACUCGAAACUAUCACAUCAAUUCAAGAAAAGCAUAAUUUCUACGCCAUUGGUCCAAUUGUGUCCGCGAAUUUCACUGACCUGACUAUCCCGAGUAGCCUAUGGUCCGAGUUCGAUUGCACCCAAUGGCUCGACACCAAGCCUCAUGGUUCGGUCUUGUACGUCUCAUUUGGGAGUGUGGCUCGUGUUAACAAAGAAGAUAUUCUUGAACUAGCUCAUGGCCUUAUGCUUAGCGGUUAGUUUCAUUUGGGUACUUAGGUUUAAUUAUUUAGGUCAAAAUGAAAAAAGUAUUUUGCCCUUGGAUAUGAAGAAAAGGUGAAGGGUCGAGGGUUGAUCGUGCCAUGGUGCAACCAAACGAGGUGAUUUCACAUUCAAAGAAUCUGAGGUUUCUUGAGUCAUUGCGGGUGGAAUUCCGUAGUGGAAAGUAUUUGUGUGGAGUACCACUAAUUUGUUUUCCACUAGUAACGUAUCAAUCACACCGUAAAAUUAGUGGUUUCUCGACCGGAAAGUUGGAAGCGAUCUUCGUGAUGGGGAAUCGAUCACGAGAGAGAAAGUAUGUGACAAGAUUAAAUAUUUGAUGAGCAAUGAGACCUCCGAGUAACUUAAGGAAGACUCGUUGUUCAUGUGAAAGAGACAUUUCAUAACGCAUUGGCUCCAAAUGGAUCAUCCAAUGUUAAUUUUGACAAGUUUGUUGAAGAAUUGAAGAUGAAGGUUGGUUUAGCUUGAGAGACAUUUUUUUUUUUUUUUGUUGCUUAUUUGAUAAAGUAAUUUGUAAGCUUGAAAUCAACUAAUGGGAAAUAGGUUGGAUAUAUCCAAUCUUCACAAUGUAAUGAGGCUAAUGUUUAUAUUCUCCUCCAUGUAAUUAUGCUUUUUUGGUAAAUAAACGGGUUGGAGUCAUGCCUAACUCCUAUAUCAUAAGAA